AUGGAAGUGUUACCAUCUUUGCUUCUUUGUAUGCAGAGUAAGGCUUGCAUUGUGAGUUAUAGAUUGGUUGAAUCUGAUUAUUUGGGAAACAAGCGUUUUGAGUUGUCAGGCCAAUUAAUUUCUCUGCUUUUUGAGGACUUGUUCAAGACUAUGAUUGGUGAGGUUAAGAAACGGAUGGACAUUAUCCUAUCUAAGCCUGCAAGAUCUAGCAUAUUGGAUCCUUCUCUUAUUUUAAGACUUGUGAAUAUUAUUACUGUUGGGCUAGAAAGGACCUUUGCUACAGGCAAUUUUGACAUUAAGCGGUUCAAAAUGCACAGGAAAGGCAUGACACAGGUUUACUUUGCAUCUUCUCUGUCUAUGAACCUUGGCCAUAUGACAAAAAUAUCGUCUCAAUUUGAGAAAUCGAGGAAAGUUAGUGGACCUAGGGCAUUCCAACCGAGCCAGCGGGGAAUGCUUUGCCCUAGUGAUACUCCAGAAGGUGAAGCUUGUGGACUGGUGAAAAACUUGGCACUAAUGACUCAUGUCACAACUGAUGAUGAGGAGGGUCCAUUGAUUUCUCUGUGCUAUAGUUUGGGAGUUGAGGACUUGGAAUUACUAUCAGGAGAUGACCUUCACGCUCAAAGUUCAUUUCUAAUUAUAUUAAAUGGGCUGAUUCUUGGCAAGCAUAGAAGACCACAGCAUUUUGCUGAUGAUAUUAGAAAGCUGCGUAGAGCUGGCAAAGUUGGUGAGUUUGUAAGUGUCUUUAUAAAUGAGAAGCAACUUUGUGUCUAUAUUGCUUCUGAUGGAGGUCGAGUUUGUCGUCCGCUGGUUAUAGCUGACAAGGGAAUUUCAAGGAUCAAAGAAAACCAUAUGAAGGCGUUGGUGGAUGGAAUUCAUACUUUCCAAGACUUUGUUCGUGGAGGGUUGAUUGAGUAUCUUGAUGUUAAUGAACAAAACAAUGCUCUGAUUGCAUUAUAUGAGGGAGAGGCCACAUCUGAAACAACCCACAUUGAGAUAGAGCCUUUAACCAUCUUAGGCGUCUGUGCGGGGUUAAUUCCAUAUCCUCAUCAUAAUCAGUCACCAAGAAAUACCUAUCAGUGUGCUAUGGGCAAGCAAGCAAUGGGAAGCAUUGCAUAUAACCAGUUUUCUCGAAUGGACUCCGUACUUUACCUGUUGGUUUAUCCUCAACGGCCUUUAUUGACAACAAGGACAAUUGAGCUGGUUGGAUAUGAUAAGCUUGGAGGUGGUCAGAAUGCUACUGUUGCUGUGAUGAGUUGUAGUGGCUAUGAUAUAGAGGAUGCUAUUGUCAUGAACAAGUCAUCUCUGGAUCGUGGGUUUGGUAGUUGUAUUGUCAUGAAGAGUUACACUGCUGUUUAUCAGAAGAAUUAUGAGAAUGGUACAUCAGAUAGAGUACUUAGGCCGCAAAGAACAGGACCUGGUGCAGAAAGGAUGCAGGUACAUGAUGGUGCAUUUAUGUAG